UUGUUUCAACUUCUCGCACUCUUUCCUCUGCAUCUUUCUCUGUGUUUCGUUUUUCUUUUCUUUCUGUGUAAUGUGUGUGCGUGCGUGGUGGGGGUGAGUUGCUUUCAUUCGUUCCAGCUCAGUGCGUGAAAGCCAUGUGCCUGCUUGUCAACUAACGGUCUGGAUGAUUCAAGUAGUGGAAACCAUCAGAUAGGCUGAAACCAUCAGAUAUUGAUUGUACUCUUCGAGUGCUUUGGCCACACAACCAUGAUUCGACUGAAACCCUUGAACAAGUUAUUAACUUGGAGCUUUAUACGGGAUGGGACCAACAAGCGAAGGUUUUACACUAAACAGAAAAAUAUUAUAUUACUUGGAAGUCCUGGCUGUGGAAAAACAACAGUUGGUAGAAUUCUUGGGAUUAAACUUGGAUUACCUGUGAUAGAUAUUGAGAGUGACUAUUUAGAAAAUACCUGGAAAAUGCCAGUGGCACAAAAGCUUUCUGAAGUUGGAAUAAUGAUUUUUCUUAAAGAAGAAAGCAAAGCUAUGAUGAAUUUUGAGACCAAACAGCAAACUGUUAUUUCACUCACUUGUUCAAAUCCUUUACAUGUUGAAAGUUUCUCCAAAAUAUCCAAAAGUGGUGUGGUGGUUUUCCUAGAUGUCAGCAAAGAAGACAUCUUGAAACGUGCGACCAAAAUGAAGGUGAGCAGAAUAAGUGGUUUCAAGGAAGAAAUAGCUUUAAAAGAAAUUCUCAACUAUCGCCAAACUUUUUAUGAAAAGUUUUAUGACGUGAGAAUUAUAUGUGAAGAAAACGAAGAUCCAUUUUCAAUAAGUGAAAAAAUAUUUAAGACCCUUAACAAAUUGGAUAAUCCUUUUGGUUAUGUAUCUACAAGACACACUACACAAUCUGGACUACAUCAAGGUCAUAUGGAUUUUAAGACUACUUUGGUCUGUGGACUUGCAAAAGAUGGUGGCUUAUUUGUAGCAGAGGAGCACAACUUUCCAGCAUUGACACCUGGUCAGUGGAAACGUUUGGUUGGACUUCCAUAUAAUAAAAUUGCCUCGCGGAUUCUUGAACAGUGGAUUCAUCCAUCAGAUCUAAUUCCACAAACAUUAAAUACAUACAUUGAAAAUAGUUACAAAAAUGAGAUUUUUUCCAAUGAAGAUGUUAUUUCUAUAAAACAUUUAACAGACAAUCAAUAUAUACUUGAAUUAUUCCAUGGUCCAACAGCAUCAUGUAAAGACUGUUCUCUGCAGUUGAUGUCAAAGUUAUUUUUAGAAGCUGUACAACAGGACACUCUAAAAAAUAAAAAGUAUGUGAUUCUUGUUGCAACAUCUGGAGAUACUGGAAGUGCUGUGAUAGAUGGAUUUUCGAAAUUGGAAAGUAAUGGAUCCCUCGGUGUGAUGGUACUUUACCCAAAAGAUGGUGUCAGCAAAAUACAGAAAAAACUGAUGAUCAACGCAGAUAGAAAAAACGUCCAUGUUAUUGAAGUUGAUGGAGAUUUUGACUUCUGCCAGAAGACAGUAAAGAAUAUUUUUCAAAACAAAGAAUUGAAGGAUCUUCUUGAAUCAAAAUAUAAUUUAUCUCUCAGUGCAGCCAAUUCUAUCAACUGGGGAAUGCUUCUACCACAAGUGGUGCACCAUAUUGCAGCUUAUUUGAACAUGGUUAAAAAGAAUGUUAUUUGCUUUGGUGAUCCUGUUAACAUUUGUAUUCCAACUGGAAACUUUGGGAAUGUGUUGGCAGCAUAUUACUCUAAGAAAAUGGGUAUUCCUUUUCAGAAAAUCAUUUGUGCAAACAAUGAAAAUAACAUUAUUACUGAUUUCAUGAAGACUGGCUGUUAUUUCUUGCAUGGACGUAGCUUAUUACGUACCAUCUCUCCCUCUAUCGAUAUUCUAAUGCCAUCGAAUCUUGAAAGAUAUCUUUACCAUAUCUCCGGCAACUCAACUCACCUUGUGAAACAGUAUAAUAAAUCUUUAAAAGAUCGUGGCUGUUUUCAAGUUAAUAAAGAAAUUUUGAAUAAAAUUCAGUCUGACAUGUAUGCUGAUUGGUGCUCAGAAGAAGAUUGCUUGGAUACCAUUCUGACAACAUAUAAAACAUCUGGAUAUCUUCUUGAUACUCACACAGCAGUAGCGAAGGUUGUUGCUGACCGAUACCAAAAGUCCACUAAUAGUAACGAGCCAAUGAUUAUUGCUUCAACAGCUCAUUAUAUGAAAUUUGGUGACACAAUACUGCCCACUAUUCUUCAAGAUCGCCAACACUUUAAAGAACUGCCAUUAACAGACAUGAUGGAAAUAUUUAAGGAAUUACAACCCAGCCCCAAGCCUCAUUCAAAAGUGUGUGAAAUGAUUAAAAAAUCCCAAGUCCAUUAUACAGUAUGUAAAGCCUGUGAAAAUACUAUAAAGAAUGAAUUACUCAAGUUUGUAGCAUCACUAUCCUGAUAAUAUAUCAUUGUUGCCAAGAGGUAAUUUUGUCAUAGUUUUAUUCUCAAUCUUAAGUGAUGUUUACUUAUUAACUUGAGUACUAAUCAUCACUGUUAAUCAUAAUGUAACUUUUUGAUACUGCAAAGGCAGUUGACAGUGUAACAUUCAGAGUCCUGUCAUUAUUAACAUCAAAUAAUAAUGACAUCUCCUCUAAUGUCACUGCAAACAUCAGUUACUCCUGACCAACAUUCAUAACAAUUCCUGUAAUAUAAUUCUGUAAAUUAUUUGUUUUCGUUUGUUGCUACUGUAAAUACCAGUUCUUGCCAAUUAUUAUGCUAAACAGUGGUUUCUGUUGACAUGAUAAAUACCCUUUCUUGCCAGCUGACAUGGGAAAAUCAGUUUCCUGUGGGACUACAAGUGUUUCAAAUGCCAUCACUAAUAUUUAGAUAGUUUACUUUUGUAAAUUCAUCUAAAUGCAAGCUGUGAGAUGUUGCAGGUAAAAGUUCACACAGUAAUUAAGUGUCUUAAUUCAUACAGGACCUUUGGGGGGGGGGUGAAUUUCUCUUCAUUUGGUUCAAUGAAAGCAAAAAAGGAAGUGGAAAUAUCUAAGAAAAUCAUGUUCAAUUUGAGUAAAUAAAGUUCUCAUUUCGCUGA